AUGAAAAGUAGUACUGGUAUAUAUUUUUUUGCUUCCUCCUUUUUGUUAUAUUUUGCAAAAGCUACGAAUGAAUAUGAUAUAAUAGAAAAUGAAAAAACUUUAGAUGUAGAUAAAGAAAAAUUUAAUGAAUUAGAUAAAAAGAAAUAUGAAAAUGUUCACACAACUAAUAAGAAAAUAUUUAGUUUUAUAGAAAAUAAAUUAGAUAUUUUAAAUAAUUCAAAAUUUAAUAAAAGAUCGAAGACUUAUGUAACUCCAGAUAAUAUAGAUAAGAAAAUCUCUUUGAUAAAUAAACAUAAUAAUCAAGGAACCUUUAACAACAAUUAUCAAUCAUUUUUAUCCACAAGUUCAUUAAUAAAAGAAAAUAUAUAUGUUCCUGUUCGUGCUACACGUGUGUCUAGGGUAUUAAGUUUCCUGGAUUCUAGACUUAAUAAUAAUAAAAAUUCACAAAUUAAUAGUGGAGAUUUAAGUAAUUGCAUGGACAAAAGGAGAGGAAUGAAAUGGAAUUGUAAAAGGAAAGAUAAUAAAAACAACUACGUAUGUGUUCCAGAUCGUAGAAUCCAAUUAUGUAUUGUAAAUCUUAGUAUAGUUAAAAAAUAUACAAAAGAGACUAUGAAGAAUCAUUUUAUUGAUGCAGCUAAAAAGGAGUCUCAACUAUUGUUUAAAAAACAUAAUAACAAUUAUGAUUCUAAUUUUUGUAAUGAUUUGAAGAAUAGUUUUUUAGAUUAUGGACAUCUUGCUAUGGGAAAUGAUAUGGAUUUUGGAGGUUAUUCAACUAAAGCAGAAAACAAAAUUCAAGAAGUUUUCAAAGAGGCUCAUUGGAGACCAACUCAACAAGAAAUUAAAAAUCUUAGAAAAACGUGGUGGAAUGAAUUUAAAAAGGGACUUUGGGAAGCUAUGAUAUCUGAGCAUAAAAAUAAAUUUCCUAGUUGUAGAAAUAUUCCAGAAGAAGUACCACAAAUUAAUCAAUGGAUAAAAGAAUGGAAUGAUGAAUUUGUUCUCGAAAAAAAUAAAAGAUUAGAAACACCCAAAAGUAAAUGUAAAGAAAAUAAAUUAUAUGAAGCAUGUGAUAAGGUAUGUAUUGAUCCAUGUAUGAAAUAUAGAGAUUGGAUUAUUCGAAGUAAAUUUGAAUGGCAUAUAUUAUCAAAAGAAUACAAAGCUAAAAAUGGUUCAAAUAAAAAUCCCGAACAAUAUUUAUUGGACGUUUCCAAUAAAAGAAAUGGUGAAAAUGUAAGUACAAUGUUGAAAAAUUGUGAUAAUGAAUAUUCAAAAUAUUGUGAUUGUAAACAUACUACUACUCUGGUUAAAAGCGUUCUGAAUGGUAAUGGAAAUACAACUGAGCAAGAACGUGAAACUGUUGAUUUAGAAGAUCUUUCUAAAUUUGGAUGUCGUGAAAAAUCUGUUCAAACAACCAACAAAAUAUGGGAAUGUAAACAAAAUGAUAUAUUAUCGGUUAACGGUGUCUGUAGCCCUCCGAGAAGGCAAGAAAUAUGUCUUGGAAACAUUGAUAGAAUAUACGAUAAAAACUUAUCAAUGAUAAAAGAACAUAUUCUUGCUAUUGCAAUAUAUGAAUCAAGAUUAUUGAAAAAAAAAUAUAAGAAUGAAGGUAAUGAUAAAGUUUGUAAUGUCAUAAAAAAAAGUUUCGCUGAUUUAAGUGAUAUAAUAAAAGGUUCUGAUUAUUGGAAUGACUUGAGCAAUAGAAAAUUAGUAGGAAAAAUUAACACAAAUUCGAAUUAUGUUCACAGAAAUAAAGAAAAUGAUAGACUUUUUCGUGAUGGUUGGUGGAUAGAUAUUAAAAAAGAUGUAUGGAGUGUGAUGAGAUGGGUAUUUAAGGAUAAAAAUUUUUGUAAAGAAAAUGACAUUGAAAAUGUACCACAGUUCUUUAGAUGGUUUAAUGAAUGGGCUGAUAAUUAUUGUCAGGAAAAGACAAAAAUGAUAAAUGUUUUGAAGGAAGGAUGCAAAAAAGAAAGUUGUGAAGAUGACAAAUGUAAAACUAAAUGUAAUUCAUUUAAAGAAUGGAUAUCAAAACAAAAAAAUCAGUAUAAUGAACAAGUAACAAAAUACCUAGAAUAUCAAAAAGGAAAUAAUUAUAAAAUUUAUCCUGAAAUUCGAUUUAUGAAACCUCACGAUUAUUUAAAGAAUUACUCAAAAAAAUGUUCUAAAGUAAACUUCGAAAUUGAAUUUAAUGAAAUAGUAGAUUCAGAUUAUAAAAAUAAAUGUAUACUAUGUACAAAAGUAAAAGAUAUACCCACAGCUGUAGCAUCAAAUGUUUUGAACACUCCUGCAAGUGAGGUUCCUGAAAUAAAAUCUCAAAUUAAUUCUAUGAAUAUAGAUAAUUCAUCAGGUACUAUUAAAGGAGAUACACAAGAGACUGAUACAUCUCAUAACAAAGACAAUGCAGAAGGUUUAUCCAAAGAAAAUGUUGAAAUAAUAGGUGAAACAAAACAAGAGGCAGAAAAUCAAAAAGAUCAGGAAAAAUUGAAAAAAGAAUCAAUGAAUGCACAAGAGAGAGAACAGGAGAAGUCUACAACUGAAUUGUCAGAAGAUUUAAAAGAAUCAACUCGUGAUGGCGGGGAAGAAAUACCUAUAUUAAGUGAUAAAAUGAAUACGAAUGUGGAACAAACAUCAGAAGAAUCUUCCAAUAUUCACCAAAAAGAUGAAUCUGAAGAGAAAAGUCCUGUUUUAGAAGAAAAUACACAUAAUGAAGAAGAACAGCAUAAGGAAAGCUUGGCUUCUUCUGAUUCAACAGAUGAGGAGGGUUUAUCUGAAAAUGAUCGUGAACAACAGGAUAAUAAAGUAUCUGAUGAUACACUAGAAUCAUCUGUAGGUACAUUACCAAAGGAAAAUAGAAGUGAUGGUCAAGAAGCAAUUUCAUCUAUUACUGAAGCAUCAAGAAGAGAUGAAGAAAACGUACAAGCUAUUGAAAAUACAUUAACAGAAAGUCCUGUAUCAAUAAAUCCUUCAGGAACUGAACCUAAUAAUGAAGAUACCUCUGAGGAGCAAGGAUUAAAACAAAAUGUUGAUAUUAGUGGAUCUAAUAAAGUUGUUGAAGACAUUGUUAUGGAUCAUAUAAAGGAUGCUGAACAUGAAGAUGAAGGAACUAGAGAGAAUUCUAAUGAUGUAUCUGGUCAUGUAGGUCAACAACAAGAGGAAUUACAAGAUGGAACUCAUGAUGCAUCUGACGCUACUCAUGUAGAUAAAGAAAGAGAAGGUACAUCUAUAAAUAUUACAGAUGAAUCAGAAGAUGCAAGUACCUUAACAAGUGAACAUAAUAGUGUAAAUACUACAACGUCUCCUGUAAAUGGUAAUAAUGAGGGUGAAGUAGUUGACGCAAAAGAUAAAGGAGUUAGACCUGAGGAGACAGAACAAAGACAUGUUGAAAGUACUGAAAAUGUUGAAAAUAGUGAAAGUGUCGAUGAGGAAAGUGCUAGAACGUCAGAAAAUUUAAAUGCCUCUGAUAGAAAUGAUUCAGAAUUUAAAACCCACCAAUUGGAUUCCAGUCCUAUUAAUAAUGUAAACAGUGAUCCAAAGGAAAUUACUAUACCUAGUAGUAAUGUGAGAAAUGAUUUAGAAACUAAGGAGGAGAAUCAACCUUCUAGUGAUACAUAUACAGAUAAAAACUCUGAAGAACAAGUUGACAGAAAUGUUGAUGAAAAUCUAAAUGAUACGUUAGAAAGUUCCGCUGAUAUUUCUAAUAAAAGAAUAUCUGAUGAACAAUUACCAGAAGGUAUUGUAAGCAGUGCUCAAAAUGAUUAUAGUGCGGAUGGACAUUCGCAUGAUAUGAAUGAAGAAUCUACAGAAAUAACUCCUAAUAAUAAAUCUGAAGUUAGUGAUGGGGAAAAUGAAGAAGAACUUACUAGGCAAUAUGAAAAUAUUGUUUUGAAAAAUGAUAUGGAGAGUGAAUCAAAUGAUGAACAAUUGGAAGGUGAUGAAGGAAGAGUUGAUGAAAAAGGAAUAUCUGAGACAUUAGAUGGUAAUAUAGAAAAAUUGAAUAAUGAUGAUCAGGAAAAAGAUAAACUAUUAGUUAGGGAUUUGGAAAAAGCAAAUGUACAAACAGAAAUGAAUUUGCCUGAUACAAAGGAAAAUCAUGAACAAUUAAGAGAAAGUAAAAAAGAAGAAAUUGUUAAAGAUUCCAAGGGAAAUCCAAGUGAUACACAUGUAGAUAGAAAUGAUCAUAUAUUACCUUUAAAAGAUAUGGUAAAUGGGGAAAAUGAAAGAAGACAAUUACAAAAUCCAAACGUUAGUAUUGGUGAAGAGAGGCAUUUACAAGAACAUAAAUUUCAUACCAUGAAUAAUCUACAUGGAACUAGAGGUUCCGAAAAAAAUCAAAUUAAUCAUGGUCAUCAUGGAAAAAGACAUGAUUUGGGAAAUAAUUCUAAGAGUGUUUUAAGUACGGAAUCUAAUGAUCCAAAUUUUAAUAAUACUCCAGGUAGAUAUAAUUUAAAUGGUGAAAAAUUAAAUAUAGAAGGUUAUAAAAAUAGAGAUGAUGUUAGAACAAGAGAAGAAAUAAAGAAAUUAGCAGAAAUAAAUAAAUGUGAAAACAAAAUUUCUGAAAAAUAUUGUUCCCAUAUAAUAGAAGAAAAAAUCAAAUCAAAUAUAUGCUCUAUAGAAAAAACAAGAAAUAUGUGUUGUGCAGUAUCAGAUUACUGUAUGAGAUAUUUUACGUAUGAUUCAAAGGAAUAUUAUGAUUGUACCAAUAAGGAAUUUAGAGAUCCAUCUUAUAUAUGUUUCCGAAAGGAAGCCUUUUCAAGAAUGCCAUAUUAUGCAGGAGCAGGUGUGGUAUUUAUUAUAUUGCUUAUUUUCGCUUCAUUACAUGCCAAAGAUCAAAGUUCUGACGAAGUUGUGAAAGAGGAUAAUGGCAAUAAUUUUGCAUUUGAAGUCACCGAUAAUUUAGAUAAAUUAUCCAAUAUGUUCAAUCAACAAGUACAGGAAACUAAUGUCAACGAUUUUUCUGAAUAUACAGAGGAUAUUAAUGCAUAUUAA